CAAACCUCCUCGCGACGACCACAGAUCACUCCUUAGCAUUACCUCCGCCGCACCGCAUCCCGCACCUCCUUACCUUACUGUCCUCUACUCUCACUCUCACUCUCUCACUCCUCUCACAGUCUCAGUACGUGGUCACUCCGCCCCUACUUUCCUUGUCAGUCAGUAAGUCAUUCAGUCUGUCCGUCACCCGCACCACACUUGACUCGUGUCUCGUGUGUGUGUGUUUGUGUGUUCUCUGUCCCCCUCUCUCCCUGCUUAGUUCGUCUGUCACUUUUUCGCUGACCAGAGCUGGGAGUUGUAUUCUGGCCGUCCCUCCCCUUGUGGUGUUGUUGAAGGAAGGUGCUGGUUAGUCAGUCCUUCCCGUUCCUUCUCACUCCUCGCAACUCUUCCACCUGCUUCUCUUCCUGUCUUCCCUCCGUUUGUACUGAAGACAAAAGUAGCGGCAGUGAACGGGGAGUUAUCGUGAGGGUUUCCAUGUAAGGAAACCAAGCAAGAGAAGAAAGAAUUAAAGAAAAAAGAACGAAAGAAAAGAAGGAAAAAGGGAAGAAAAAGAAAAAAGACGAGAAAGGGAGAAAAGAAGGAGGAAAAGAAAAGAAGACCCACCACCACAACCACAACCACAACAACAACAACAACAAUGACUAUAACUACGCUGAAGGUGGCAGUGGCGGCAGUGGCGGCCCUUACAGUCCUCCUCCAGGCGGGACACGUGAGGGCCUUCGGUAUACCUGAGUUUCUGGAGUUUGGGGAGUGUCCGCCCAUCGAACCCAUGGCCAACCUCAACUUCGAGAGAUACGCAGGCUUCUGGUUUGACAUCGACAUGGUGCCGAACGAAUACGCGGACAUCACCAACUGCACCAUGACCAACUACACGUGGACGGGCGACCUCAUGGUGGUGGAGGCACGCGGGCUGAACAGAGAGGGCCUUAAGAUGAAACAGGGCUCUUUUAUGCACCCGACAGAGGGACAGCCCGGCGUGCUCACUGUGGAGGCCGAGGGAGUGCCCAGUGCGCCUUAUGUGAUAGUGGACACGGACUACGAGACCUACGCCUGUGUCCACUCCUGCAUGGCCAUGAUGGGUUUCCGCGCCGCCUUCUCCUGGAUUGUGUCCCGCCGCCCCUCCCUCGACCCCGCCCUCAUCGCCCACUGCAAGGACCAGCUGCACCAGUGGGACGUUGACACCUCCACCAUGCUCCCCGUCUCCCAGGGCAAGGACUGCCCCUACAUGAACAAGCUGGACGCCGUGCUGGACUACAGUGCGCGGGUGCAGGCCAAGGCGCAGGGGCGUGAGGUGGCCGUGCACAAGGUGAAGACUGACACCACUGCUAAGGGCGUGCAGACCGUCACUGACCAACACCACCGCAUGCAGGAAGAGAAAGACGAGGCCGAGGCGGAGAGCAGCGUGCCAGUGUCUGAGAUGAGCGAGGAGGAGGUGUUGGUGGUGAGCGAGGUGGUGCCCGACAGGAGGACACAGCACACAGAGAAGCAGGAGCCUAACGGGAGUGACCUGACCACCCCCAAUACUGGCCUGCUGGUGCUGCUGCUGGCCGCCAUCAUGAUCCUAGUGACGGCUCCACCCACCUAACCUAGUGCGUGUGCGUGUGUGUACGUGUGCGUGUGCAUGUGUGUGUGUGUGUGUGUAAGAGAUAAAGGACAGUAUUCUCACACGUUCUUAUUUUAUCUCAACUUGUUCAAACAGCUUUACUGGAAAUGACUGGGAGUUUCAAGGGCGUGUCUGUGAUUUCCUGUUAAUUCAAGGACACGUGGAGAUCUAACUAAAUAACCACCGCGGCCUUUGAAAGCAGCCCAAAGUGUUUCAGAAUAACUAGCCAAAGACUUGAAGCUUCAUAUACACUGAAGUCAGCGCGUGUCAAGAGACGAGGGGAGGAGCGAGUGUGGCCAAGAGGGAAAAGCAGUAGGAGGAGGAGGAGAAGGAGGAGGACGAAGAGGAGGCAGGAACAUAAUGAAGCUGCAAUAAACCACGAGUGCCUCAAGAAAGACCUAAGGAGGAGCUUGUACAGUAAAACAUGCUUGCAAUGGCUGUGACGAGACGAGACGAGAGCAUGUAUGGGACGGGAUAUGAAAGGAGGAAAGGAAGAUAGCGAGGACUCAGUAGGGAAUAACAGCAUACCGUUUUGAAGAAUGCAGUUCUGGGACACGUAUUACAGUUUCCAGUUGGUGAGAGAGGGCCGCCGUGGUACAGUGGAACCAUGCGUGCUUUGGGGUCCUAGGGGUCUCCAAGCGUAUGGGUUCGAAUCCUCUCCACGGUCUGAGUGUAGGUUGGGCUUCCUCACUCAGGGCAACGGUUUCCUAGCGGGUGGGCUUUAAGAUUGGAGGUACCCCAAAAAGUAUCCCCUUUAGCCCAGAAAUUCCCUUGAAAAGCCCACAUGGUAUAAAUAAAAAAACACACAAGAAAUACACACUGACUGGUAGCGACUGGCUGUUCUUUUGUUUGUGAUGGUGGUGUUGAAGAUUUGAUGUUAUUGAGUUCCAAGAUGGUGAUGGUGAUGAUGAUGAUGGUGAUGGUGAUAAUGGCGAGCAAGGGGUGUUGAGCUCCCCACAUGGUGUAGUAAGGUGCAAGAGGUAGGGUCAGCAUACAAACUUAAUAUAUUGUACUUAAAAGCCGUAAAGUUUGUCGUCUUCCACUUUUUUUUUUUUUUUCAUCCUUUUCACAUUAUACACUGGAUAAAUGUUUCUUUUUUUCUCUCUUUUUUGGCAUUUUGUAUCUUUAAUUUUGUUAAGUAUACUACCUCCUCCUCCUCCUCCUCCUCCUCCUCCUCCUCCUACUACUACUACUACUACUACUACUACUACUACUACUACUUCUACUUAAGCAUUUCGUACUAUUUUGUCAACAUCUUUCUCUUCCUCUUUUUCUUCCUCCACCACCUCAUUUUCCUCUUCCUCCCCAUUACUACUACUACUACUACUACUACUAUUACUCGUGUCACAACCCCAACGUGCCCCACACACGUCAGAGAGGUGUUGUGUUCUGUACAUGUUCUGUUGAUGCAUGAAAUAGAUGUUUGAAACCCUAA